CACAGAUAGAAAGCAAUGGACCCUUCCAGCAAUUUUGAGUUUCUCUUUUCUGCGGUGGCAAAUGGAAGCAUCCCUGUAUCAAAAUACCGUUCAAAGGUCACUGGUAUUUCUGUCUUUAUCGGACAAGUUGAAGGGCCUUUAGUAAAUGGUUAUUUUUGCUUGGCAACUGAAGCUCAUGACGACGAUGGUUUGCCCCAUACACUGGAACAUUUGGUUUUCAUGGGAAGUGAGCACCAUCCUUACAAGGGAGUGCUCGACUUACUGGCAAACCGAUGCUUGGCAUCUGGAACAAAUGCGUGGACGGACACGGACCACACCUGUUACACCAUGACUAACGCAGGAUCCGAGGGCUUUCUCAAACUGCUGCCUAUCUAUAUUGAACAUAUCCUGUACCCCACACUUAAGGAGAGUGGGUACAUCACUGAGGUUCACCAUGUAAACAGUGAGGGGGAAGACGCUGGGGUGGUUUACUGCGAGAUGCAGGCUCGUGAAAACACCGGAGAGAGUUUGUGUCACCUCAACAUGCUGCGUGCCAUGUACCCAGGGAAUUGUGGGUACAAGUCCGAGACGGGUGGCAUUAUGGCCAACCUCCGUGAUAGCACAUCGCAUGUGAAGGUCUGUAACUACCACCGUGACUUCUACCGGCCUGAUAAUCUGUGCCUGGUGAUAACGGGUCAGGUGACACCAGAACAAGUGUUUGAAGCUCUGAAACCAGUGGAAGACAUGAUCAAGUCCAAGGGUGACCUACCUCCAUUUACCCGUCCAUGGCAGUCAGAAGUGCCUCCACUAGAAAGCAAUGUGGAACAGGUGAUCGCAUACCCCUCAGAUGACGAGAAAUAUGGAAUGGUUUAUAUUGGCUGGAGGGGACCAAAAGCGAAGGAGCAGUACCGAAUGCUGAGUUUGGGGGUGCUUAUGCAGUACCUGUCGGAUUCUGCCAUCGCCCCAUUACAGAGGGAGUUAGUCGAAAUAGCUGACCCAUACUGCAGCAAGAUCCGUGACGCAAUGAUUGAAAACUCAGAAAGUUGUGUGUAUUUCCAGUUUCAAAACGUGCCACUAGAUAAACUCAAACUGAUUCAUCCAAAACUAGUGGAUAUCCUCCGUAACCUUGCAACAGGAAACGAACCAUUUGACAUGAAGAGAAUGAGCAACCUGAUUCAUCGUAGCAUGCUGGAGACUCUCAACAGCGUUGAAGAUUCUCCACAUGAUGCCAUGGCAUUUAUUCUCCUCAGUGACUUCCUUUAUGGAGACAACCAAGAAGAUCUGGAAAUGCGGGUGAAUUCCAUCGCCAACUACAAGAAGAUGAAGCUCGAACCAGAGACAUACUGGCGAGAAAUCCUAGAACAGUAUUUUGUGGACAAGCCAACCAUUGUGAUGAUCGGGGAACCCAGUAAAGAGUUGAUGGCGUCGCUGGGAAAAGCAGAGAAAGACAGAAUUGCUCAACAGCAGAAGAAUCUCGGUGAAUCUGGUCUCAAGGAAUUGGCAGAUGCUUUAGAAAAAGCUUCAGAUGAAAAUGAUAUAGAACCCCCAGAAGAUCUAGUGAAAAGUGUAUCGGUGCCAGAUGUCUCAAAAAUCAACUUCCAUCCAAUCAAAACAGCAGCAAAUUUUGACACAGAAAAAGCAAAGUUAAUUGAAAAUUUUCCAUUGGUGGACAUUCCUUUCAAGUUCCAGCUUGAUGACAUCCACACAAACUUUGUGAAGAUUUUUGCCUUGUUGGACUCAAACUCCAUUCCACAAGCCCUCCGCUACUAUCUUCCUUUGUUUUGUGAGCUUGUCACAGAAAGUCCAGUGAUGCGAGAUGGAGUGUUGGUAUCCCACGAAGAGGUGAUAGCCCAGCUAGAAGCCGAUACCCUGUCAGCGGAUUGUUCUGUUGGAGUCCAUGGCAGCAAGUUCUCCUGCGGCCAGAUUCCUUAUCUUGUCACAUUGUCUGUCAAAGUUGAAGAGGAGAAGUAUGCUACUGGUGUCAACUGGCUCAAGGAACUCCUCUUCCAGACUCAGUUCACAGCAGAACGAAUCAGCAUCAUUGCAAACAGAAUGACCAAUGACAUCGCUGCUUUCAAACGCAGUGGACAGAUGAUUACCAGGACAAUUAUGAGAGAUAUAAUAUUUUCUAGAGAUAGUAACCACUGUGUGGUUAGCAUGCUGCGUCAACAUAAGUUUCUAACGGAUCUUGCCAAAAAGGUGGAAGCUGAGCCGACCAAGGUUAUUGAGGAUCUCGAGUCUUUGCGUAAGAUGCUGACAGCUACAAACAACAUCAGGAUCCAUAUGUCUGCUAAUGUUCCCAAGUUGACUGAGAACACUGCACCCGAGUUGCCAUGGAAACAGUUUGUACAUACUGGAGAUGGUGAUAAUAAUCAAAGCCUGCUGAAGAAGAAGACGUGCGACGAAGUCCUGUCGUACACCGACAGUGUCUACAAGUGCGCCAUCGUAGCCGUGGGGUCGGUGGAGUCUGCCUACUUCAUCCAGGUGGUGCCGUGCAUCUCGGACUUCCUCCACCCGGACCUGCCCGCAGUCAUGGUCUUCAUACAGUACAUCACACAGCUUGAGGGACCCAUGUGGAGGCAGAUCAGGGGCCUGGGAUUGUCCUAUCACUACAGCAUGUACGUGAAACCAGAGACGGGUCUGUUGUAUUUCCUUCUUGCCCGGUCGACUCACGUCGUUGAUGCUUACAAAGAAGGAAGAGAGAUUGUCAUGGAUUUCUUCAACGGAACAACCAAAUUCACGGAGAUAGAGCUGGAAUCGGCUCGUAGCAGUCUGAUAUUUGAAAUUAUCGAUGAGGAGAAGACCGUCUCGGACACGUCGCUCGAAUCCCUGCUGGCCUACUUGAGAGGUCUUGAUCACAAAUAUAACAAGUAUCUGCUGAAGAAAGUAGCCAACGUGACACUGGCCGAUCUGAAAAGGGUUGGGUCUCAGUACAUUGCACCGCUGUUUGACCCGAGCAUAUUCCGGUGUGCUGCGGUGGUCAACCCGGCCAAGGUGGAUGAGACCGUCAAGGAGUUUAAAGAGUUGAAAGUCAAUCUGCAUGUUAUCUCUUCCCUAGAGGAUGGACCUCUCUGUGAACUCUGACUAGAAGAUAGGAAAGAGACACAUUCGAAAAAAAAGAAAUUCUGUUUCAUUUCCUGAAGAAAAAACAUUACCUACAUAUUAAACUGUGUGGUUUAUAACAAGCUAAAAGCAAUCUUUACGCAAGUUGUUUGUAAACGUGUAGCUAAAAGCUAUCUGUUGCAUAUUUCCAUUUAAAAUUAUUGUUGUUGGUAAUAAACCAAUGGCUAUCCAUUACAGAUUUGCAUUUCAAAUAAGUUAUUUUUAACAAGCUUAAAGCUGUUAAUCAUUUUGUUUUGGAAUUCUGUUCCAAUGUUGUUAUUUUUUUCAAAAAGUUAAAACAAUUUACCAAAGUUAUACAAAUUUGUAAAUGUUUUCAAUGAAGUUUGUUUUGAUACCUAUUUGUGAAUUUUUCUUGUUAUUAAAUGUUAUAAACUAAUUGAAGAUACAUUCAGCAAAUAAAUCUUAAGCAUUA